AUGCCUAAGCGCGUAUAUGGCAAGUUCAGGAAGCUGAGCAAUGUACUGAAUACCGUUUCAGAUCAUGAUAUUAAGGAUGACAGUUGGUUCAGUGAUGAUGACGAGAACACGGACAGGCUGAUUAGUGACGACACAACAAAAGUCAAUGUUACUCCCGAACUAGAUCUCCAAGGAAGUGAACCAGGUUUUUCAGAAGCUAAGAGUGGAAGUACUAAAUUGGUGUGCGAUGAUGUGGUUUGGGAGUUCUUGGAGAAACCAUCGCCUGUAAGGAAGAGACCACGCAGAAUUGCUACAGUGGAAAAUGACGAUAGCUCAGAUACGUUAAUGAACCAGGGCUAUAAAAAAGCAUUAAAUACUGUGCGAGAUAUACUAGGCUCGAUAAAACCGUCUCAGGGACUUGUGCUGGAUAUGGAAGCUUUGAGAGGUGAUGUGGAUGAGCAGGAGGAGGACACAGGGUGCGUGAAAUACGGAAGGACAAGAACUAUACUUGUGAAAAAACAUGAGUCUUCAGAUGAUGAUGAGGAAGGCUCUGGCAAUGGAGCUGUUGAUGAAGAAGGGGACAAAGAUGAUCCGGAAUCAGGCAAUAUGGUAUCACAGCACUUUAAUCAGCUGAAGGCGAUGGGUGGGAAUCUGAAAUACCAAAACGACUUAGACUUUAUUCUACACGGCGAUGCCUCAAUUACUCCAGGAAAAAGAAGGACAGAAAUGUUGCGUCUUUGCCUUGAUAUAACAGCUAAUGAUAAGUUACGCCAACAUAUAAUAAAAUAUUACCAUUACGAUGUUUGGAAAUGGUGUAUUAGAGUUCUAGAUCCCAAAGAUCUCGUAACGAGUUUUCUACAAUGCUUCAUCAUGGAUAAAAUUCCGUUACCUACUAAUGACAAGACAUGGUCAAUGGUGUCCAUCUCCGAAUUUAUUUUACAAUUGGUAACGGACGCUUUGACGACGCCGAAAAUAAAAGGUUCAAGGUUGGUUAAACAUAAUUAUAAAGACUUCUUAGGUGCUAUAGAAUGUGAUACGCCGUCUCAAUUCGCAAUUCAUAUAUGGGAUAAGUAUAUUCCACCAAUGACUGACGAUCCAAAAGUGAUUCCAUUACUGUUACAUAGACUAGGCGACCGUGAUCCAAAGACUAUUUCGCCUUUGCUGUCGCUAUUGGAGAGGCAUCUUCCUGCAAUAGAAAGCACCCAAGAUGCUUUUGAAGGCAACUACUCCAAGUUAUUUCAGCUAUUGAUACCAUUAUGGCCAGACUGGCGUCAGAAUGAGUAUUAUGUAAAGUGCUUCAUUAAGUUGACUAACAGUUCUCAUUUACUGGCAAAGGUUGAGAAUAAAAGCAUGCUACUGCAGCAAUCGAUCUGUUAUAUAAAUGAAAGGCAAAGCACUCUUUGGACUCACACAGACCCGUCCUGCAUUGACAUUGUGAUCCUCCACCUAGGACUGUGCCUCAAUCUAAUUGUUGAAAUCACAUCGAUAAUAACCGACACCGAACUACAAAGCAUGAAAAGCAUAUUCAAGGAGAUUUCUCAACGGAUAGCAGACGGUCAAAUGUCGUUCAUGGCGAAUUUGUUCCUGCUCAUUUUUGCAUACAGUGUUCAUAAGAAAGACCUGGAACUGAACGCUACAGAGCAUAAAUAUCUUAUCUCAAAACUAAAAGCUUUCUCAAUGGAUGUCAACUCUUACAAUGAAAGCAUUUUCGAACGCACUAAUUACAUUCUGGAACAACUUCAAUUAACCGAAACAAUUAAAUAG